ACAUUUUGGCCUUGGCGGGCUUGGCAGGGACGGCCUGGCCAAUGGGCACCUCCACAAUCAGCCCUAAUCUGCUCAAGUGUGGACAUGAUCGUUCUCAGGUUGAUGAUGCCAUGGAUGAAUGCCGAGAAGGUCCACUGCUGAAUGCGAAUAUAACCUGCCCCUCCUGUCAGUUGCUUUCUGUCUGUCAGUCAACAGCUGCGCCAACGCCAUGAAACGACACAUCCAGGACUUCAGCCAGGACUCCGAGCUGGAGUACCACUGGGGCUAUGCCUCGCGCCAGGUUCCCUGCACCAGCGAUGCAGGCGCUUGCGCAUACCUCGAUGCUGUCUACCAUGAGCACGACCUGGGGAUGAUCUAUACUUUUAUCCUUUGGGCGGUGAUCUGCGGGAGCUUGCUUCUGUGGGUGAUUGGACGACAUCUCUUCGCUAUUGCUCGAGUGGCCGGUGCUUCCAAGGAGCAGGUCUCUGAAGGCUCUCGCCCUCGACAGAGUGGCUGGCACCGGUUGGUCACUUCAAUAAAGGCGUUGAGUCGACGACACCUUCUUCCAGAGAGCGUGACAGCUGUCUUUGGGCAUACGACCCGCCUGCAGAUCCUGAUCCUCGCCAUCUUGGUAGGAUACCUGACUGUCUUCACCUUCGUGGGAAUCACAUACAAAGUGUGGUACAGUCCCGUCGAAGGCUCGCCCGGUGUAUAUAACACCAGAACCGGCCUUGGACCCUGGUCGGACCGCAUCGGCAUUCUUGCCUUUGCAUUGACUCCUUUAUCGGUCCUUCUGUCAAGCCGUGAAUCUCUCUUGUCCAUGAUCACCGGCGUCCCCUACCACCACUUCAUGUUCCUGCACCGCUGGACCGGCUAUAUCAUCUACAUCCAAUCUGCCCUCCACACGAUCGGCUGGACCAUCAUCGAGGGCAAGCUGUACCAGCCCCAGCCCUCCGCCUGGAACGAAUGGGUUGCCCAGACGUACGUCAUCUGGGGCAUCGUCGCCAUGAUCCUGCUCUCGGUGAUGGUCGCCGGCAGCACAAAAUGGGGCAUUCGCCUGACAGGAUACGAGUUCUUCCGCAAGUCCCACUACGUCCUGGCCAUGGUCUACAUUGGCGCCUGCUGGGGCCACUGGCAGCAGCUAUACUGCUGGAUGAUCGCCUCGCUCAUCGUGUGGUUCCUCGACCGCGGCAUCCGCCUCGUCCGCACCUUCACCCUGCACCACUUCAACACCCCCAACACCUCGCACUCCUUCGGCAUGCACGUCCCCAACGCCCAAAUGACGCUCUUCCAGCGCGCCCACGACGGCGACAUCAUCCGCCUCGACUUCGAACACAACCACGACGAGUGGAAAAUCGGCCAGCACUUCUUCCUCUGCUUCCCGGAUCUGAGUCUCUGGCAAAGCCACCCAAUGACCCCAUGCAGCCUGCCCGGACAGAGCCAAACCGGCCAAAAACAUACAUACAUCAUCCGCAGCCGCAAAGGCAUCACCAAGCAACUCGCACACCUCGCACAAUCACAAUCCACUCCCUCCCCAAAUACCUCCGUCCUCCUCUCCGGCCCCUACGGCCAAUCAAUCCUCUCCAGUGACUUCUACGCCCAGGACGAUAUCAACGUCUUCUGUGUCGCGGGCGGCACGGGCGUGACCUUUGUCCUCCCCGCCCUGCUUGCUCUAACGCAAUCCCGAAAGUCCCAGCGAAGAGGUCUUCUCGAGUUCGUCUGGGUGGUUCGCCGCAGGGACGAUCUGAAAUGGAUCGAGCCGGAGCUGAAUACGCUUAAAGAGGCUGCAGCGUCCAUGGCGAAUUUCCGGAUUAGAAUCUUUGUUACGCGCGGGACGCAUGAUAAAGAGGCUACCGGAAAUACAACCUCAGCCUUGACAACAUCAGAAGUCAAAGAGUCAAAAGAGGUUAUCAUCGAGCAAUCCUCAUCAAGAUCCUCCUCUCCACCCCGGAUCACAAAACAAGAUACAUUCGCCAUCCAUGAACCGUCCUCUGCGGCGUCGCUGUCAAGCGGGAACACGCAGCAUCCUCCGCUCGGGACACAGCUUGCUGAGUUUGUGGAUCGCACUGUUAGUGGUCCGACCCGGGUUAUUGCCAGUGGGCCGUUGUCUAUGGUGAAGGAUCUGCGCAGUGCUGUUGCGCAGUGUAAUCAGCCUGGUGCGGUGUGGAAGGGCGAGGAGAGGUUUGAUGUGCAGCUUGUGCAUGAUGAUCGGUUGGAGUAUUGAGCUGGGCUUGAUGAUUCCGUUGUAUGAAAUACCC